CUAUAUAUCUGUCCAGCAGUGGGACUCUCAGCAGAGAUGGCCCUGACCCAUGAACUCUAUGGCAUCCCAGUCUCCAAGCUGGACUCCUUCGUGGCUCAGUGGCUGCAGCCCAGCCGGCAAUGGAAAGAAGAGGUGCUGGAGGUUGUGCGGACCGUGGAGCAGUUCCUGAGGGAGGAGUUCGUCCACUGGGAGCAAGGGCUAGACCAGGAGGUGCGGGUGCUGAAGGUUGUCAAGGUGGGCUCCUUUGGGAAUGGCACAGUGAUCAGGGGCACAAUGGACGUGGAGCUGGUAGUGUUCCUGAGCUGUUUCCACAGCUUCCAAGAAGAGGCCAAGCACCACCAAGCCGCCCUGAGACUGUUAAGGAAAAAAGCUUCCUGUUGCCAGGACCUGCUGGCCCUUGGGCUGAGUGAUCUGAGGGUGGUCCAAGGAGUCCCAGACACUCUUGUCUUAAGCAUCGAGACUGGAGAGACUGAAGAGCCCAUCAAUGUCACCAUUGUGCCUGCCUACAGGGCCCUGGGACCUUCUGUUCCCAACUCUCAGCUACCCCCAGAGGUCUACGUGAAUCUGAUCAAGGCCUGUAGGUACCCUGGAAAUUUCUCCCCAUCCUUCAGCGAGCUGCAGAGAAACUUUGUAAAACAUCAGCCCACUAAGCUGAAGAGCCUCCUCCGGCUGGUGAACCACUGGUACCAGCAGUACGUGAUAGCCAAGUGCCCCAGGGCCAAUCUGCCUCCUCCCUAUGCCCUGGACCUGCUGACCAUCUAUGCCUGGGAAAUGGGUACCCAGCAAGAGAAAAGCUUCAGUUUGGCUGAAGGCCUCACCACCGUGAUGGAACUACUCCUGGAUGCCGAACUUGUCUGCAUCUACUGGACCAAGUACUACACACUCCAGAACCCAGUCAUCGAAGGCUAUGUCAGAAAACAGCUCAAAAAAGAGAGGCCCAUCAUCCUGGACCCAGCAGACCCCACUCACAAUGUGGCAGAAGGGUACAGAUGGGACAUAAUGGCUCAGAGGGCCUGCCAGUGCCUGAAACAGGACUGUUGCUAUGACAGCAAUGACACCCCAGUCCCCAGCUGGGAUGUGAAGAGAGCCAGAGAUAUCCAGGUGACAGUGGAGCAGUGGGGUCACCCCGAUUUGAUCAUCUGGAUGAAUCCUUAUGACUCCAUAUCGAAGAUGAAAGAGAAAAUCCGGCAGAGCCGGGGCUAUGCAGGCCUGCAGCGCCUGUCCUUCCAGGAGCCUGGCAGUGAGCGGCAGCUCCUCAGCAGCCACUGCUCACUGGCCUAUUACGGGAUCUUCUCCGACACCCGCAUCUUCCUGCUGGUCACUGUAUCCCCCGAGAUCCAGGUCUUCGUGAAAAACCCGGAUGGCAGGAGCUUCGCCUAUGCCAUCCAUCCCUACCACCUCAUCCUGGGCCUGAAGCAGAGGAUUGAAGACAGGCAGGGGCUCCCCAGCAAGCAGCAGCAGCUAGAGUUCCGGGGCCACAUCCUGCAGGACUGGUACGAUGUUGCAUGCUAUGGCAUCCAAGACAGCGACACAAUCAUCCUGUCCAAGAAGGCAGAACAGGCUCUAUUUCCACUCACCUAGUUUCCUCCGUUUCCUAUGCAUUUCUGGCACCAUAUCCAGAACUCAGGACUGGGAGGAACUGUGUAUGAGGUCCUGGGUUCAAUCCCUAGCAGCGCAAGAGAAAGAGAGAGAGAGAAUCUCAGAACUGAGCCUCACCACCAGUUCUCUGCAAGGGGAGAUCCCACGUCUUCACCAGCUUUAUAAGCGGCUCUCCAGCCCUGUCAGUACAGACUAAAUAUACAAAUGCACAAUGGCCAAGACCAAUGUGACGAUAAAAUUCUCACCCACGACCCCCGCAGGAACCAAGCAACCAGAAACCAAGUCAGAACUGAGUCAGUAACCACAGGCUUCUCUAAUCUCCCAGCCCACUUAAUCCCACUUCUAUUUUAGGAGCAGCCAGAGGAAGGCAAAUGAGCCCCCACACUGACCACAUAAGUAGCCCUGCUUUGGCUGGUUCACCUCCAGCCUCCUCACACCAACAGCUUGGAUCAGAACAAACCUAAAGCCUACCCCUUUUUUCUCUUUGUUAGGAAGCUUUCCCAGCCCCCUAUCUGUCUCGGAAUCUCUGUCCAAGACAAGGAAUGGUGCCUGGUUUGGUGCUUUACAAGCUGGGAAUAAAGAGCCUUUGUCUGCUCUCA